AUGGGUGAAUCCAGACAAGAAUUGCUGGCCUGGCUAAAUGGCUUACUCCAGCUGAACCUGACCAAAGUCGAGCAGUGCGGUACUGGCGCUGCCCUUGUGCAGAUCUACGACAGCAUCUUCCUCGACGCGCCUCUUAGCCGUAUAAAGUUCGAUGCCAAAAGCGAAUAUGCGUAUCUCGAGAAUUUCAAGAUAUUAAGUAAUCUUUUCCGCAAGCACCAUAUCGACCGUCCUAUCCCUGUGGAGCAGCUGGUGAAGUGCAAGAUGCAAGACAAUCUCGAGUUCCUGCAGUGGACGAAGAGAUACUGGGACCAAUACUAUCCGGGCGGCGAUUACGAUGCAGUGGGCAGACGGAAAGGAGUCGGUGGUGCGGCUGCUCCUCCUUCAAUGCCAACUGCUCGGACAUCGGGAGCUACCGCGGCAGCGCGUAAACCUGCUGGUGGUUUCGGUGCAGCAGCCCCACGGGUCAGCAGCCGUCAAGCAGGUGGCCCUGCGACUGCAGCCCUGCAGCAGAAGAAUGCCGAGCUGAUGGAGACGGUGGGUGGUCUCGAGCGGGAGCGUGACUUCUACUUCAGCAAGCUUCGAGACAUAGAAUUGCUCAUCCAGCAAGCUAUGGAGGCCGAUCCGUCACUCGAGGAAGACGAAAACAGCUUGCUCAAGCAAAUACAGACCAUUCUGUAUAGCACCGAGGAGGGCUUCGAAAUCCCACAAGAGGCAGAUGCUGAAGUCGCAGGCGAUGAAGAGACAUUCUAGAGAUACCACCAAUUUUACGAACUACCAGUCGUUUUCAGGGCAUUAGCGGAGCGAAAUGAUACCAUAAGUAGAGCAUGAAGGAUCGAACAGGGCAGCAUCUUGACCAUGGUCGCGGCAAGCUUGCACGAUCAUGGAGAUUGCUGGCGAGUGUUGCUGUAGCUCUGUCACAGGAUCGGAGGGAUAUAUGUUUCGGCUAGGCUUUGGCUAGGCUUUGGCUUCUCUCGUCAAGGAGUAGAAUGAAAUGCAUCAAUUGGAUCUGCAAGAUGGCCUGAACUUCUGAACAGCUU